ACUGCAGCUCUGUAAAGCCUUCACUGUAUGAAAAAUUAUAUGAAAAGAAAUGUACAGGACAAGGUGGCAAAAGAGACAAAAACAGAGGCAUUAAAGAUCACAGAUGUGGGAAACAUUUCUCUGGGAAGCUUGGAAGCAAUUUUGAGACCAGUUCCCACUGGUGAGAUAAGGAAUCUUACAGCCCAACUGGAACUGUUAAAUGACCAGUGAGGUUUAAAUCACAUGAGCUGCAAUCUAUGUGAGAGAGUUGCCUUCAGAGUGGAGAAUGGGAUGUUACAAGCUGUUGUUGUUAUUACUGAUUUCUAUCUGUGAGCGUGGUUGUUGGGGGAACCGCACUGAGAUUGCUUAAUCAGGGCAAACUGCAAAGAAUGAGGCAGACGAUCCUCAAAACUAGUGGUUAUUUCUAAUAAUUAAAUUUACCAAUCCAGCAACAAAACAGCUUCUACAAUAUCUUACUGGUUACCCAGAAGCCAAAAAUACAGUUCCCUUAAAGCAAUCCAGCCUUGGGCUCCCACCCAGACAUCCAAGUCAAAUAUGAUGAGGAUCACUGAAGAUCUUAUUCAUCGUAUAAGAAACUUCUACCAAUCCCAAGGGAUCAGACACAUCACGCACCAGGAAAAGAUCCAGGCCCGUUUGAGGACGCUAAGGAAAGAGAGAGAAAAGCUCCUGGGAUUUAAAGUGACUGGAGAGGAGCAAUUCCAGGAGUAUCUGAUACAGACGCAAAGCGAGAGGCAGAAGAUUGUGUCUGAAUUUCGGCAAUUGCGGCAGUUCCUGGAGGAACAAGAGCAACUCCUGCUGGCCCAGCUGGAGAAGCUGAACAAGGAGAUUGUGAAGAUACAGAAUGAAAAUAUCUCUAAAUUCUCUGAGGAGAUUUCCCGUCUCAGUGAGUUGAUCAGUGAGCUGGAGGGGAAGUGUCAGAAGCCAGCCAGUGAAUUCCUGCAGGAUUUCAAAAGCACCUUGAGCAGGUGUGAGAAGGGGAUGUUCCAGCAGCCAGUGGAGAUUUCUCCUGAGCUGGAAAAGAGACUCAAGGAUUUUGCCCAGAAAAAUAUUGCUGUAACAGAGACUCUGAGGAAGUUCAAAGACGUGCUGCCCUCUGAAGUAGAGACAAGAAGAGGGAAAUCCCUGGGAUCAUACAGACUAGUGAAUGUGACUCUGGAUCCAGACACAGCUCAUCCCCAGCUCAUCCUGUCUGAGGAUCGGAAAAGUGUGAGAUGGGAAGACACACGAUGGGAUCUGCCCAACAAUCCUGAAAGAUUUGACACUGAGAUUUGUGUGCUGGGGUGCGAGGGAUUCACCGCGGGGAGACAUUGCUGGGGGGUGGAGGUGGGUAAUAGGGGAUACUGGGCUGUGGGGGUGACCAGAGAGUCUGUGAUGAGGAAGGGAGGGAUCAGCCCUAACCCUGAGCAGGGAAUCUGGGCUGUGGAGCGGUGCUGGGAUCAGUUCCAGGCUCUCACUUCCCCACGCACCCCUCUACCUGUGAGCUGGGACCCCAGGAGGAUCCGGGUUUGUCUGGACUGUGAACGGGGGCAGGUGACAUUUUUCGAUGCUGGUGACGAGAGCCCACUGUUCACUUUCCCACUGGCCUUGGUCCCUGGAGAGAGAAUCCGACCCUGGUUCUGGGUGGGAGGAUCCCAGCUCAGACUUAGUCCCUGAGAGGGGUGGGGGAGGAGAUAUACCCGGGGGACGUGAAAUUAACCUCUCUAGCCUCACACUUCCUUUUUUCUAUGACCCUGGAAGCCUCCUGUCUACCCUGCAGUCUCUAUUGCCCUGGAGGCUCUGUGGGGUGUCUGGGGGUGAUUGAGAUAGAGAAUAGGGCUACCAUACGUCCGGAUUUCCCUGGACAUGUCCAGCUUUUCGGUCUAUAAAUAGCCGUCCGGGGGGAUUUCUAAAAAUCUAAAAAUGUCUGGGAUUUCCCCCCGGUCGGCUAUUUUAUAGAUCGAAAACUGGCGGCAAAGCCCCUUCCUGGCUCCCCCCAUCCCCUGCAGCCUUAGCAUGCCCCCAGCCCCGCAGCUGUCUUCCCCCUCCUCCCCUCCCCUGAACACUUUGACCCCUGCUCCU